GAGAUAAUGACAUGGGAGAUUAAAUGAACUAAAAACUCUUUGAUAAGAAAGGAUUUAGUCUUAGAAGCAACCUCGACGGAAUAAUUAUGUAGAAGAAUAGAAAGUGACCAAGCAUUACAUGUGGGGUUUGGCUACUACCCAUUUGUGAAAAAGCAUAGGAGAAUCUCUUUCAACAAGGCCAAAGUCCCUUUUCACUUUCCUAAAACUCCAUACUUGGAAAAAAAAUAAAUAAAAAAAAAAACACUGAAAAAGAAAAGAUGGGAUUGCUCUUUCAGUACAGAAGGAGCUGUUGUUCUUGUUCUUAGAUCUUUUUCCUUAAGCUUCAUUCUUUACCGAAUGGGAUUUUUACGUUGUACCUUACUUACUACUUGUUCCUGUUUAAUAUUUAAAAGGGGUUUAUUUUUUUCUACAUUAGCUUGUUGGUAGGUGAUUAUGGCUUUCUUCGAUGAUCGGCCUAAGAAGAAGAAGCAGCUCCCACCAGUAAUUGGUAUCACAAAAAAGUCAUCUGAGAGAUUGUUGGUUCAUGGAACCAGUAGUCUUGCUUCUAUUGAAUCUCUCUCCUUACCUCUUGUUCAGGAAAUUGUUCUAAAUGCCGAUAUUGGAUGCAGUGAAUGUCAGAAGAGAAUUGCUGAAAUAAUGUCAAGAAUGAGUGAGACAGAGUCUGUUGUGGUGAAUGUAUUGGACAAGAAGGUUACACUCACUUGUAGAUAUCCCAUGAAUGUUUCCAAAGUACCAGGUCGCCAAGUCCCUGCCCUACACAGAAACUCUUUAAACAAAAUGGCACUGCUCAGAAGGAUCUUCAAGUCUUCCACAGCUUUUCAUCACCCGUUUGUAUCAAAUCAAAAUCAAACUAAUCAUUGAUUUUUAGAGCUCUUUCUAUUACAACUUCAUGACAAAGUAUUGUUGCAUGGUGAUGAGGCUGAAUAUUGACUGCAACGCAUGUUGCAAGAGAGCUAGAAGAGCCAUUCUAAACAUGAAAGGUUAGCACCAAUUAAAUGUCAUUAUAACACCAUUUAAAAAUACCCUUUAUUUAUUUAUAUAUAUUUUUUUGGUUGUAUAUAUUUUUAAAAUGUUGAAGAAGUAGAGUCACAUCUGAUUGAGAAGGAGCACUACAGAAUAAUUGUCUGUGGAAGAUUUAGACCUGCAGAUGUGGCUAUAAAGCUGAGAAAGAAAAUGAAUCGUAGGGUUGAAAUUCUUGAAAUCCAAGAGCUUGAACAAUC